AGUUUGUGAGACGCCACCGUAGUGAUAGCAUUGCAAGCAACUGCAGCAAAAAUUGUAACGCGUUAAUACAAAAUUAUAAACACUGCUGGCCCAAAAUACUGCAUAAAAUACUAGCCUCAGUUUGACAUUCAAUUCAAAUAUUUUGAAACAUUUCUUUUCGAACAUAAAUAAAACGCGUCGCAUGUGCAUGUGAAGAAACAACAUAAAGCAUAAAGCAAAAUUAGAAAAUAGAACACAGCCAGAAGAACAACACACACAUUGUAAAAGUGAAAGUGAAGCCAAAAGAAAAGAAAUAAGUAAAUCAGCUACUGCAUUUGCGUUGGUGUCCGGGAACGCGCGCGUCUCUGUCCGUCCGUCAAGUCCGGCGGCAUUAUCAGUUGGCGCUGGAUAAGCAAACAGCAUUGGCCUCCAGAGCAUAAUUCACGCGUGAGAGCGACAAAUGUUAAUGCACUCGCAAGAUCGUAAAAAAUAUUAUAUACAAUAUACAUAUAUAUGCUUAAUUGCCAUAUAGACAAAUCCAAAAUCCAAAUCGCGACGUUUUUUGAGAUUGCAGUCUCAAUUGAACGAUUAAUUGGCGUCGUCUAUAAAUAGAGCGAGUAACAGUCUCAAAAUCAAGUUCAUUAUCAAAUGCGCACAGCAUUCAUAUCCCAGUGACUAGCAACGUAGUAUUUAUAUAAAUAACAAUAAAAAGUUUAGCUUUACGUUUCGUACGCUGUGAUAAACAAUUAACAUAUAAAAUGACCAAGUCUAAGGAUAAUAAUGUGGAGAAAACCAUGGAGCUCAUCAGCGAGGAGAGCAUGAAGGAUUUGCUUACCAAGCAGCUGGAAGUUGUAGGCAGUGGCGGUGCCUUUGUCUGGGCUAUAUUCUUUCUUUGUGUAACGCCCAACAUACUCAAUGGCUUUCAUGUAUCCUCGUAUACGCUGCUGGGACACUUGCCCGACGAUCAGUGGUGCGGCAUUGAUGCGCUCAAAGGCAGCAACUGGACGCUGGAGCAGCAGCGCAGCAUAAGCGAGCGUGAGCUUAAGUCGGGUGGCUGCACUGUCUGGGAUUGGGACUACAAGCAGCUCGCUGGCAUGAGCUAUAAUGAUGCGCUCAACUAUACGCGUCACAUGUUUCAAAUACAACAGCCAGCAAUUAUUAGCUGCAAGGCCAAGGGCAACUACGCGUAUGCGCAACCGGAGAGCACUUUUGUGGCGGAUUGGGAGCUGACCUGCGAGCGCAGUUUGCAGCGCACUUCAGCACAGGUAUCCAUAUCGCUGGGCAAGUUUUGUGGCUCAUUCUCAUUUGGCAUACUGGCGGAUAAAUUUGGACGCAAGACUUCGUUUACCUUGGGCGCUGCUUUCUUUAUUGUGGGCAGCGUUUUCUGCAGCUUUUCACCUUUUUACAGUCUGUUCCUUGCGGGUCGCUUUGCGCUGGGCGCAGCUUCCUCUGGACUCUUUUAUCCUGCAUUUACCAUGAUUGUUGAAAACAUUUGCCUGAAGCAUCGCUCCUGGAUGUCCAUCGCCUUUUCCGCCUCGUAUCCUGUGGGCAUGAUACUGUUGGCCAUACUGGGCUAUCUAAUACAGCCUUGGCGUUAUCUACAAUUAGCACUGACUAUACCCUCGCUGCUGUUAAUACUCAACUGCUACUUAAUGAAUGAAUCGCCGCGUUGGUUAAUAACCAAAAAGCGCUACGAUCGCGUCUAUCAGAUACUUUUCAAGCAGCCAAACCACUAUGAGAUACAAGCGGCGCUGCCUGCAGCUACCGAAAUUGUUAGCGACAAGAAAGUGUUGGAGCCAGUUGUGAGCAGCACGCUGGCACAGAAGCUGAAGAAUGGUCCACUCAAGUCCAUUAUUGAACUAUUUGCCAAUCCCAAGGUGCGCAAACUCAUCUUUACCUCCUACUUUAUGUUCUGCGUCACUUCGCUGAGUUAUUACGUUACAGCUUUGAAUGCUGCCAAUCUGUCCGUCAGUCGUUAUUUGUACAUCAUAGCCACUGGUGUAGUGGAUAUUCCUUCCUACCUGGUGCCUGUUAUAAUGCUGCGCUUUACGGGUCGUCGCGUCACUACAAUGUUUCUAUUUAUGUGGACGGGCAUUUCGUUGCUGCUGGUUCUAGCUGUGCCCACGGGCAGCACCACGUGGAUUGUGUUCUUUGCGCUGUUGGGUCGCUUUGGCAUAAGCGCCACCUACUCGGUGGUUACACUUUAUACGGCGGAGCUUUAUCCUACCGAAAUACGCAACUCUGCCUUGGGCACCUGCUCGACGUGGGCGCAUGUUGGUUCCAUUUCAGCGCCCUAUGUGGUCGAUGUGCUGGGCGCCUUGGGCUGGUACAUUCCAACAACAAUUUGCGGUUGCUGCGUUUUGGUAGCAGGUCUAUUAACGCUAACGCUGCCCGAGACUAGCACCAGCAAUCUGUCGGAUAAAGUGGAGGAUGCUGCGCCAGCUGCCAUUGAGCCAAAUGAAAAGCCUGAAAAGCAGUGAGCAGCAAUUGCUCCAGUUGAAACCUUGCUCGGUAUUUCCGUUAGUUUAGUUAGCACUAUUUAUACGAUAUAUCGUAUCGUAAUUGUAAGUUAAUUAUUUAAGCAUCCUAAACGUAAUUGUUAUAAUGUUAAUGUUUAUAUUCCUUGCAUUGUCGUAAGUAUAUUCUGAUAUAUAUGUUCAUAAAUAAACUAUACCGUUAAACGUGGCACAAACAG